AUGCAGCCAUUUGAUGGAUACGCUAACGAAUACAGAAAUCAGUGCUUUCAACAGAAAGUCUAUAAUGAUUACGAAACAAUGUUUACAGUCUUUCUGUCGAGGGCUCUGAUUGGCUGUACUGACGAACAAUCCAACCAACUCACUGCAAUCUGUGAUACAGGAAUAGUGGCUAUUGCAAUCAAGGUGAAAGAGGCUACUGGCAAAAAGACCGUGGAAAUGCUUUCUAAGCAAUAUGAAAAGACCUAUGACACAUCAAACACUGCAUCGAUCUUUUUAGAUUAUUAUCAGGUCGAAAACAUGUGCUGUGGUAUUAACGGACCAACUGAUUACGACAAAUUCACUAAAUGGAGAGAGAAUUUCAAGCAAGACAAUAUUAGUGGUAAAUCAAUCGUGCCGAUAUCGUGCUGUGGUCAACAAAAUUCAACCAAAUCAUAUCUGUUCCUAGAAUCAGACGGUUCAUGUCCGAACAAUGGCGGAACACAGGAUGGAUGUCUGAAACCAGUUCUUGAACAUAUUCAAGCCUAUGAUAGAUAUAUCAUUGCAGCAGCUGUUAUCGUAGGUUUAGUUGAAGUACUGGGAUUAAUUUUGGGUCUGUACAUUGCCUUUAAUGUAGCCAAAGAUCCGGAAUACAAGCGAAUGAAAUAACUAAUCAAACUAAAGAACAUUGUCACAAUUUAGAGCUAUAACGAACUGCGUCUCAUACUUUGACAUCAAUAAUCAUUUUUCGGAAGUAAAUUUCCAAAUUGCUGUCGUGGGCUUUUAUUACCUUAUCUGACAACACAAUAUUAUUUUAAAAUUUGAUUACAAUUUCGUUUUAUUUUUUCUGAUUUUUUGCGCUUCCAUUGUAUUCCAACAAGUUUUUUACCACAGUUCCGUCCAAUGACGCCGUAUUUUUAACCAAUCAAAGUGUGUCAUUGAGGAACUGUUUCUUGACGAAGUGUAAGAUGGCGAAAACUAAAUAGACUGUUAUAAGGCCCUUUGGUUUCUAAAUAUCUAUAAAAUGGAAUCUAAACGGAUUGUCUCUCAAUACUGUUAUUUUCUGAAUCUGUGCAAAUCCCAACUUAAAAAUUAUUUUAAGAAUG